UCCUACAGUACUCUGAAGCUCUUUUUUGAGAAAACGAAAGCUCCAGUUGUCAUUCUGAUUUGAGACGCUUUGUAGAAAAAUGGCACAGGCCAGUAAUUCAAUACCUCUUGACCUGUACAAAUGUCCACUGUGUCUGGAACUCCUGAAGGAUCCAAUGAUGCUCCCCUGUGGCCGCAGUUUCUGUAAGGUAUGUAUUAAUGACUUGUGGGAUCAGGAGGAUGUGAAGGGUGUCUACAGCUGCCCCCAGUGCAGAGAGACUUUCCCUUCAAAGUCUGUUCUACGCAUUAGCAGCAAGGUGGUUCGUGCUGUGGAGAUGAUUAAACCCUAUGCUGCUUCUCCUGCUCACUGUUACGCUGGACCUGGAGAUGUGGAGUGUGAUUCCUGCAUUGGAAGAAAACGCAAAGCCAUUAAGUCCUGUCUGGUGUGUCUGGCCUCCUAUUGUGAAGCUCAUCUUAAACCUCACUAUCAGUCUCCUGCCUUUAAGAAGCACAAGUUAGUUGAAGCCUGUGCAGAGCUCCAAGAGAAGAUCUGCUCUGAACACCACAAACCGAUGGAGAUCUUCUGUCGUACUGACCAAAGCUUCAUCUGUUAUUUGUGUAUGACGGAUGAACAUAAAGGUCAUGAUACAGUUUCAACUAAAGCAGAAAGAACUGAAAAACAGCCUCAGAAUGAGCUAAAGGAGGAGCAGAUGAAAUCCCAGCAGAGGAUCCAGGAGGAGCAGAAGAAGGUGCAGGAGCUGAAACAGACUCUGGACACUAUUAAAAGUUUCCCGUCUCUCUGUGUUUCUCCUGGAUGUGACGACUCACCCAGCUUCACUGUCAAUCAACAUCUCUCGUUUGCUGGAGUGAGGAAAUCUCUCUCAGAUCUGAAAAAACGAAAUGAGGAAAUCUGUGAGGAGGAAUUCAACAAAAUUCGUCCACAAGCUAGUGCAGUUCCGAUGAGUUUACCCUCAGAACCAAAAAGCAGAGAAGAUCUUGUGCAGUAUUUCUGUUAUCUGACUCUGGAUCCAAACACAGCAAAUCGUCGACUCAUUCUCUCUGAGAAAAACAGAGUAGUGACACACAGUAGGACAGAACAACGAUACUCUUAUCAUCCACAGAGAUUUAGUGCUUACACUCAGGUGUUGUGUAAGGAGAGUGUGCAUGGCCGCUGUUACUGGGAAGUGGAGUGGAGCAGUUGUGUAUCCAUAUCAGUCUCAUAUAAAGAGAUCAGCAAGAAAGGCCAGGCGAACGAAUGUUUAUUUGGAUACAACAGUCAGUCCUGGAGUCUGCAUUGUUCUUCUUCCUCUGUCUCUUUCUGGCACAACAACAUUAAGACUGAUCUCCAAGGUCCAGCAUCCUCCAGAAUAGGAGUGUAUGUGGAUCACAGUGCAGGAACUCUGUCCUUCUACAGCGUCUCUGACACAAUAAGGCUCCUCCACAGAGUCCACACCACAUUCACUCAGCCUCUAUACGCUGGGUUCAGGGUGUGGUAUAAUUCAUCUAUGAAGUUAUGUGAUCCAAAAUGAAAUUUUAGUCCAACCCCAAUUCUAAAAAUGUUGUGACACUGUGUAAAACGUGAAUAAAAACAGAAUGUGAUGAUUUGCAAAUUAAGGAAACCCUAUACAUCAUUGAAAAUAGUACAAAGACAACAUAUCAAAUGUUGAAAAUGAUAAAUUUUGUUUUUUUUUUAAAAUAUAUGCUCAUGUUGAAUUUGAUGUCAGCAAAACUUUUCAAAAAAGUUGGGACAGGGGCAUGUUUACCACGGUGUUGCAUCACCUCUAUUUUUAAAAAAAAACCCUCUGUAAACGUUUGGGAACUGAGGAGACCAGUUGCUGUAGUUUUGAAAGAGAAAUGUUCUCCCAUUCUUGCCUGACAUACAAUUUCAGUUGCUCAACAGUUUGGGGUCUGUUUUGUCGUAUUUUGCGCUUCAUAAUCAGCCAAAUGUUUUAAAUGGGAGACAGGUCUGGACUGCAGGCAGAUCAGUUUAGCACCCAGACUAUUUUACGAUGGAGCCAUGCAGUUUUAAUAUGUGCAGAAGAAAGCAGUUUGGCAUUGUCUUGCUGAAAGAAGGAAAGCCUUGAUCCAAUGUCAUUUUGACUAUGCCAGCACAUCAUGGUACACUGGUUUAAUGAAGAAAUACAAGACUAAGUUACAGUGUACUCAAAACAAAAUCAUUCGGUUCCUUUUACAACCCCGAUUCCAAAAAAGUUGGGACAAAGUACAAAUUGUAAAUAAUAGCGGAAUGCAAUAAUUUACAAAUCUCAAAAACUGAUAUUGUAUUCACAAUAGAACAUAGACAACAUAUCAAAUGUCGAAAGUGAGACAUUUUGAAAUUUCAUGCCAAAUAUUGGCUCAUUUGAAAUUUCAUGACAGCAACACAUCUCAAAAAAGUUGGGACAGGGGCAAUACGAGGCUGGAAAAGUUAAAGGUACUAAAAAGGAACAGCUGGAGGACCAAAUUGCAACUCAUUAGGUCAAUUGGCAAUAGGUCAUUAACAUGACUGGGUAUAAAAAGAGCAUCUUGGAGUGGCAGCGGCUCUCAGAAGUAAAGAUGGGAAGAGGAUCACCAAUCCCCCUAAUUCUGCGCCGACAAAUAGUGGAGCAAUAUCAGAAAGGAGUUCGACAGUGUAAAAUUGCAAAGAGUUUGAACAUAUCAUCAUCUACAGUGCAUAAUAUCAUCAAAAGAUUCAGAGAAUCUGGAAGAAUCUCUGUGCGUAAGGGUCAAGGCCGGAAAACCAUACUGGGUGCCCGUGAUCUUCGGGCCCUUAGACGGCACUGCAUCACAUACAGGCAUGCUUCUGUAUUGGAAAUCACAAAAUGGGCUCGAAUAUUUCCAGAGAACAUUAUAUGUGAACACAAUUCACCGUGCCAUCCGCUGUUGCCAGCUAAAACUCUAUAGUUCAAAGAAGAAGCCGUAUCUAAACAUGAUCCAGAAGCGCAGAUGUCUUCUCUGGGCCAAGGCUCAUUUAAAAUGGACUGUGGCAAAGUGGAAAACUGUUCUGUGGUCAGAUGAAUCAAAAUUUGAAGUUCUUUAUGGAAAUCAGGGACGCCGUGUCAUUCGGACUAAAGAGGAGAAGGACGACCCAAGUUGUUAUCAGCACUCAGUUCAGAAGCCUGCAUCUCUGAUGGUAUGGGGUUGCAUUAGUACGUGUAGCAUGGGCAGCUUACACAUCUGGAAAGACACCAUCAAUGCUGAAAGGUAUAUCCAGGUUCUAGAGCAACAUAUGCUCCCAUCCAGACGACGUCUCUUUCAGGGAAGACCUUGCGUUUUCCAACAUGACAAUGCCCAACCACAUACUGCAUCAAUUACAGCAUCCUGGCUGCAUAGAAGAAGGGUCCGGGUACUGAACUGGCCAGCCUGCAGUCCAGAUCUUUCACCCAUAGAAAACAUUUGGCGCAUCAUAAAACGGAAGAUAUGACAAAAAAGACCUAAGACAGUUGAGCAACUAGAAUCCUACAUUAGACAAGAAUGGGUUA